CUAGAGCGUGCCAGCCACAUGCAUAUCACCAUGAUAUUGCGUGUCGGUCCCGGGUACCUACUUAAAGAGAACGAAGCAUCUGCAGGCCAUGACAUUACACCACCCGCUGCGUCGGGACGAAGCAACCGGCUCUCCUCUCUCCUCUCCGAUCUGCCACACUAGCCGCACCCACGGUUUCCCACUCAGCCGUUGCAAUCCCAGAUUUGCCCAUCACACAGCCAACUUUACUGCCCCUACCUCCCGCGCACUACCAUGUCGCACUCCCGCGCAUUCGACUUUGGUGGCGAGGUGGCCAUCGUGACGGGCGGCGGCUGCCUCAUCAAGAACGAGCUAGGCAACGGCAGCGCCGCGGCCGUGCUGCUCGCGCGGCACGGUGCCCGCGUGGCCGUCGUCGACCGCGACGUCGAGGCCGCCGCCGAGACCAAGCGCAUCAUCGAGGAGGAAGGUGGUGUCGCCGAGGUGGUGCGGGCGGACGUCACGCUGGACGAGGACUGCAAGGCCGCCGUCAGCAAGGUGGUUGAGCUGUUUGGCAGGGUCGACAUCCUGGUUAACAUUGUGGGCACCGGCUAUCCCACCGGCAACGCAGAGACCGUGACGACCGAGGCCUUCAACGAGGGCAUGCACUACAACGUAACCAGCAUGGUGCAGAUGGUGCGCCACGUCGUGCCCGUCAUGCGCGCGGGCGGCAAGGGCGCCAUCGUCAACAUGAGCUCCGUCGUGGGCCUGGGUGGGGGCGCGCCCGGUGUCUUCUACUCCACCUCCAAGGGUGCCAUUGUCGCCAUGACGCGCGCCAUGGCCGGCAACUACGGGCCCGACGCUAUCCGUGUCAACUGCGUCUGCCCUGGAAUGGCCUACACGCCCAUGGCGCGCGUCAACGCGGGCGACGAUGGCGCCAUGAGCGAGCAGAUGCGCGCGGAGCGGAGGAACCUUGGCUUCCUCAAGUACGAGGGCACGGUCAUGGACAUUGGUUACGCCAUCCUCUUCUUGUCGAGCAAGGAGGCACGGUGGAUCACGGGCGCGAUUCUGCCCAUAGAUGGCGGGUAUUCAGCUGGCAGGGUCGAUCACCCCAAGAUGGGUUGCAUGGCGAAGGGCAAGGGCGGGAUGCACGGUCACCAGUCUUAGUUGCCAAACCCGGGGCUUACGUCUCACAGUGCAAAGUAGUGGCAGUGCGGCGGGCGUUUGUUCAUCGAUGGCAGCCAGCCCUAGGGAUAUUCGUGUGCUACUGUGUACGACAGGACACAUUGCGGUAGAAUAUCAUAUAGGAUCUAGACCAUUGGGGUUACUUGGAUGUGCUAUAUCGGGCUAUUCCGCAAAUGGAGCCUUGCUUGCGCCCCCUUGCUUGACAUACGACACCCAGGCC